UUGAUCCCUCUGUUUUUGAUAAUUGGAUCUGGAGGCGUUGGCGCAGCCCUGUAUCUCAUGCGUUUAGCAGUGUUCAACCCUGAUGUCUGCUGGGACAAGAAAAAUAAUCCAGAACCUUGGAACAAAUUGUCUCCCAGUGACCAGUACAAGUUCUAUUCGGUUAAUGUAGACUACAGUAGGCUGAAAAAGGACCGUCCUGACUUCUGAACAAUAUAUUCAUCUCCAUAAGCAGCACAGAGAGGUCUUCCGGAAGCCGUCCGCACAAUUGUCAUGCUUAAUCAUCCAGGAAAUAAUCAAACUUGCCUCAUGCUGCACUUGGUCAUGUGUUUGAAAAUGUUUUGAUGAGGCUUAAUAAACAUCUGAAA